AUAAUAGUGAUACCGAACCGGACUUAUCAGUCAUACCUAUCGCAGCGCCGAUAACUGCAAACAGUCAUGAAAUGAAUGAAUUAGAGAUCAAUAAACUACAGGAGCUGUUGAACGCCACGCAUAUAUUCACUGAGCAUGAGGUUCCCGUAGCACCCGAGCCAACAGUGGCCAGGGAUUCCCAUGACAUCUAUACUGUGGUUGGGGUUAAUCUGGAGAGACAGGUCAUGUGUGCCGUACAAAUGUUUCAAAACCUUGGUACAUUUGACACGCUAUGCGAGAAUGAUAGGAUUUCCCUUAUAAAGUACGGCUGUUUCAUCAUGUUUUGUAUGCGUUCCCUACCGGCCUAUGACUAUAGCAGCGACCACUGGACGUAUCCUAUCGAUAACGAGAAUUCAAUGAUACUUACAUUAUAUCAGAUGUUUCCAUACGCUUAUAGCAUGGCAUUUAAGCGGGUGUUUCACUCCCUGUCCCAGGAAUUGGACUCCGAUCCAGUAGUACUCGAUCUGUUAACAGCUAUCUUACUAUUUAAUCCGGACCGACCCAUGCUCACGCACCGGGAGUUAGUAAAAUUACAGCAAAAUAUAUACAUGUAUUUACUUCAUCGCUAUAUACUAUUGAAAUAUCGCAAGAAAUCGGAGUCACAACAACACAAAUACUCAAAACUCAUGAAGUGUUUGAAGGAUUUAAAUAUUUUAGGCGAAAAACAUUUGGAAAGUAUUAAGAGGACAGACGCCCGGAGUAGCUGA